CCUAGGACAUCCCAGAUUUCGACCGGUCCGGGAGAGCUCAGAGCGCACAGGAUUUGACAGAUGUUCGAAUCAGAUAAACUGCACCGCAAAGAGAGAAUUGGGGAGCAUUUCGGAUUUACAUAGUGGUAGCCUAUAUGCGACAAAAUGUCUGGACUAAAGAGUGCGAAUCCGUGUAAUAAAUUCCAAGCGAACAUUUUUUAUAAAAGUAAAUGUCAGAACUGCUUCAAGUCUCGGGAACUGCAUCUUCCAACUGAUCAUGGUAAGGACCAGGCCAAACCCAUCUAUGGAGGCUGGCUCUGCUUGGCUGCUGAGGGGACAGACUUUAACAAUCCAAUUCAGAGGUCAAGGAAAUGGCAGCGACGAUUCUUCAUCCUUUAUGAACAUGGCAGCAUGAGCUUUGCACUGGACGAGUUGACAAGCACUCUGCCACAAGGAACAGUGAACAUGAAUCUGUGUACAGCGGUGAUUGACGCAGAGCCUAAGACAGGCCAGAGGAACGCUUUGUGCAUCAUCACACCUGAACAGGAGUUCUUUAUCCGGGGGGAGAACAAGGAGAUCAUCAAUGGCUGGCGUGAACAACUAGUCGUUUACCCACGGACAUAUAAGCAGAAUCAGAAGAAGAAACGUAAAGUAGAACCCACUACUUCCCAGGAGCCCAGCCCAGCAAAGAUGGCUGCCACUGAGCCCUGCCUGUGGCAGGGAGAGCGGCCCAGUGGGGGUCCGGAUGUGGCCCCUGUCUGGACUGUGACAGAUACUGAUCCACUGGGCCUGGACGAGACCCCUGCAGGUCAUGAUCCCCACUACCUCCCUUCAGCCUCCAGUGACCCCCUGACCUUUGACGGUAGUCUGCGGCUCUCCAACAGCUCCUGUAUCAGUAGCUCUGUGAGUUCCCUGGACUCUGUGUCUAGCGAGGGGACAGACACCAGCAGCGACAGCCAGCCCACAGAGUCUACGCCAUACAGAGACCACCCACCUGCCAACAAGAACAACAGGGCAGAGAGAAGCUGCUACAAUGAGCCAGGGAAGGCUGGGAGAAGUGCUGUGGGAGAGGACCUGGGUCAGGCUGGAUCCAGGAAGGGGAGGAGUGAAGCUCGCAGCAACCAGAGAGAGAAACUGCAGUCGUGUGGAGAUCUAAGCCCAGGUCAACUCACCGUCCCUCCUCCUCAGAGAAGAGCUAAGUCACUGGACCGCAGGACCUCGGAGUCGGUCAUGACUCCUGAUUUGCUGAACUUCAAGAAAGGGUGGAUGAUGAAACUGGAUAAGGAGGAUCAGUGGAGGAAAUACUGGUUUGUGCUAUCAGCUGACAGUCUGAGGUACUACAAGGAUUCCUUCGCAGAGGAGAACUCAGAUCUGGAGGGGGAGAUUGACUUGACCAAGUGUCAUAAUGUCUCAGAGUACCAGGUCCAGAGGAACUACGGCUUUCAGAUCCAUACCCAGAAGUGUGUCUUUACUCUGUCAGCCAUGACUGCAGGGAUACGGAGAAACUGGAUCCAGGCCCUCAUGAAGAAUGUCCAUCCAUCUAACGCUCCUGAUGUAGCCAGCAGCUUGCCAGUCCAUCGCAUCCCUUGCAGCCCAUCAGAGUCACUGCCCCUCCCUAAGCCAGAUGUGACCCAGGACUCCUCCCCCUCCUCUGAGGUCCCUACAGAGAGAGUCCAGGGGCCCAAACAGAGCUGCAUCCGUGAGAGGAGACGCGAAGGGCGCUCCAAGACCUUUGACUGGGCUGAGUUCAGCCCUAUGGCCCUGCUAGCCUCUGAGCAGGAGGUGCAGCAGGAGACAAAGGAGCCUCUUCGGAUGGAGGUAGGGGACCUGGAGAGGAAGAGGAGGCGAGAGGAGAGGAGGAGGAGGUAUGACAGCAUGCUAGGCUUCCUUGUGGGCUGGGAGAUGGACUGUGACAGAGGAGGUAUCAGUCCCAGGUCACCCAGGACUCACCAGAAGGUGCAGAGGGAGAUUGAACAGUGCUGGCAGCAGGUGGAAAGGACUGCCUUUAGACAGGAGAAGAAUGUUCCAUUGUACACUGAGUCCCAGGGCAAGGAUAAAGAGGAUAUGGGGAUUCUACUGGAGACCUACCACAGGAGGGUAGAAGAGUUGAAGGGCCAGUUGGCAGAGUCAGACCAUCACAGGCUUGAGCUGGAGGCUCAGUUGAGCACUGCAUUAGGACGCCAGCAUCAUGCCUCCCUGCCGCUUGAGGCCCCAAUCUGCCCAGAAGCUGAAUUUCCCUCUUUGAAAAGCCUGACUGACAUGUACAGGGAGACCAGAGAGCUCCUCCAGCAACAGGAGCUGAAGAGACAGAACAUACAGGAGCAGCUCCAGGAGCAGCUUGGCCUGUCCCUGUCAUCGGCCCCUCUGGAGAAACACAGCUCCCCUGGAACUCACCCAUCACCACCACCCAUCAUCUGGCUUCAUGACACCGAGGGAAACCUCCAGGAGCAGCUUGGCCUGUCCCUGUCAUCGGCCCCUCUGGAGAAACACAGCUCCCCUGGAACUCACCCAUCACCACCACCCAUCAUCUGGCUGCAUGACACCGAGGGAAACCUCCAGGAGCAGCUUGGCCUGUCCCUGUCAUCGGCCCCUCUGGAGAAACACAGCUCCCCUGGAACUCACCCAUCACCACCACCCAUCAUCUGGCUGCAUGACACCGAGGGAAACCUCCAGGAGCAGCUUGGCCUGUCCCUGUCAUCGGCCCCUCUGGAGAAACACAGCUCCCCUGGAACUCACCCAUCACCACCACCCAUCAUCUGGCUUCAUGACACCGAGGGAAACCUCCAGGAGCUGGAGGAUCUGUUCCCUGACUGCCCUAUAUCAGUAAACACACCUGUCAUGUCACCAACCUCAGACACAGAACUCUCAUCUUAUUCUGUGCCUCAGAAUGGAAGUGAAAACAGAGGGCCUAACUUGGGCAGUGAAACUAGCUCUCAGACACAGUUUGAAAAUGGAAGCCAUCAACAGACAUCGAUUCCAGAAUCGCACACAAAAAGUUGUGCAUGGAGCCCAGAUUCACUGAGCAUGGGGGAAACUCAGGAAAGAGCCAACAGCGUGAGAAUAGACAACCUACUAUGCUGUGAGACACCCAGGCCCACGGAGGAGGAGUACGUAGACCCAGACCAGGCCAUCGUGAUGAGGAGACUAUCCCAGGAGGUAGAGCUGCUCAGCAGCCAGAACGAGGCCCUCAACCAGCGCAACCAGGAGAUGCUCAACCAGCUGACAGAGGCAGACAGAGAGAUAGAAAGACUGAAAGCAGAGCUUAUCACUCAGUACAGUGGGCCUCAGUUCCUCCCUGAGGCAGAGCAGCACAGCCAGACCAAAGUGGAAGGCCUGGAGAAGGAGCUGUGCAUGAGAGAUGAGCAGCUCCAGGAGGCCCAGUCCCUACUAGCCUCAAUGGACCAGCGUCUGAAGGAGACAGAGGUACAGCUGCAGCUCAGGGAGGACACUUUCAAAGACCUGGGCUUCCCAGCAGAAGAGGAUGAUGAUGAAGAGGAGGAAGCUGGGGAAGAGAAUAUCAACACACACCACCUUGGAGAGAAGGAGCGGGAACACCUUCAACAGUGUCUGCAGGCCAUGGAGGCCAAGCAAUUAGAACUAGAGAGACAGCUCCAGCACACAGAACAGACCUGCAGGGAGCUGCAGGCCCACAACACACAACUCAGAGAGGCUGAGCGGUUGUACAGCCAGAGAGCCAUGGAGGCAGAGGCUGACAUCGUAAGGUUUAAUGAGGAAGUAGAGAAGGAAAGGACAGUGGAGAAAGAAAGUGGAUUAAGGUGUAGCAGUGAAGGCAAAUGGCAGGAGGAGGUAAUAUUGGAUUCGGGUGAAGAAAGGGUUCAGCAAGUGGUGGAAGGGAUAAGGUUGAUGUCCAGAACCUUAGGGAGAGUAGUGCAGGUGAUUGACAGGUCAGAUAUGGAUGUGGUAAAGAUGCCAUUAGAUAGAAAGUGUGUGGAGGUGAACAAGACAGUGGUCAGGCAGCUUCAGUUAGAGGAGGAGUUUUGGGAAAGGCUGUUGAACAGUUUGAAGGUCAACCCAUCCCAGUCCAAUGAGGAUAAACUCACAGAUGUGAUUCUAAGUCAGAUUUUAGAACACAUGGUAGUGGAAAAGCAAACGCUCCUCCUAGCUCAUAGUCUUUUUUCUCAUAAUAAGAAAGAUUUAAACAUAAACACUGGAGGCCUGGACAGGAUGAAUGGAUGCAGGUCUUUGAGAGACCUGGACAUCAUUGGAAACAUAGCAGGUGAAACAGGUUCAGAAAUGAAAAAGGAAGAUGAUGAAGAGAGGAUGUGGAAUGUGUACAAGCAGCAUAAUGACACCGAUGAUUUCAUAAGCCGACAUUUCACAGAGCUCACACAGGAGAGAAUUUUCCUGCUCAACCAAAUCGCCUCCUCAGUCGGAGCCUCGGCCAAUGACGAGCUCCAGUCCCUGGCACAAAGACUUUGUUAUUUCCGCAAUGUAAAUGAGCCCGGGUUAGCUUCCAUACACUGCACCGCCAUGGAAGCCUUCUCAUCCUAUCGUCUCAGUAGGCUUAACGCUCUACACAAGAGCCAAUUUCAAGAGACUCAACAGGGACUGCUCAUUGCUUCUUCUCCUUUGAUGUGCAGCAGAUGUGCUGGGCUGCUGAGUGAAAACCAUCAGCUUAGGGCCAGACGGUCAGACCUGGAGAGACAGGGGAGUUCCUCAGUGGGAUUAGGGUUGACCCCCCUGAGGCAGGGAGAACACAUAGACUCACAGCAAACAGCCACACAGCUACUAGACACUGCAGGUGAGCAGAAGUCAGAGACGCCUGCAAUAAAUGCUGCAGGUAAAAUGGAGGUGGAAAGCCCAAACCAGGGAGUGACUGCAGUAGAGGAAGUGUGCAGGGUUAGAAGGUGUGCAGAAGUGGUGGAGGGUGACUUCCUGACCAACAGCAUUGAUAGUCCAAUGAUAAAGGUAGAGAGUAGGGUAGAUGAGGUAGAGAGUAGGGUAGAUGAGGUAGAGAGUAGGGUAGAUGAGGUAGAGAGUAGGGUAGAUGAGGUAGAGAGUAGGGUAGAUGAGGUAGAGAAAGGAAUCCAGGAAGUUGAUUCUGAUAAGGAUGUAGAGGAGAGGAGCACUACUGAACCCCAUGAAGAAGCAAACACUCUGGGGGAGGAGGAGCUGGAGAUUGCGUUAUCAUCACUGAGAGGUCGUGUGAAGGAUCUGGAGGAGCAGCUGUCUGUCAUGGCCAACAUGAAAGCAGAGCAUGAUGGGAGAAUGCCAUCUCUCCAGCUGAAACAUAAGGAGGACAUAGAAAAGCUAAAGGCCACAUAUGAGCAUGGCUUUGUCACCAUGGAGGAGUCCCAGCAGAGGAUCGUGGGGGAACUGCAGCACAGACACCAGCAGGACCUGCAGCGCCUGCAGUUAGACACAGACAGACUGCUGGAGGAGGAGACAGCUGCUACUAUCACAGCAAUUGAAGCAAUGAAGAACGCUCACCGUGCCGAACUCAAGAGAGAGAUACAGAGGGCAUGCCAUGAAAACAACAAUGCAGGAGACGUGAAUCUUGGAGAAAUAUGCAGGCAACACAGUGAGGAGCUGGCCUCCUGUCACAGGGAGCUGGAGGUGUUGUCCCAGCAGUACUCUCUAAAGUGUCUGGAGAGCUCCCACCUGGGCCAGGCCCUGGAGGCAGAGAGACAGGCUCUGUGUCAGUGUCAGCAGGAGAACCAGGACCUCAGAACUCGCAACCAGGAGCUGAGUGGCCAUCUAGCUGCAGAGAUCACCAGACUUUGCUCUUUGGCCAAGCAGGACGCCUUCCCUCUUAGUCAGGAGAGAGAUGUGUAUGAGCUGGAGAUCUCCCUGCGUGUGAAGGAGUCAGAGGUGCAGGGCCUCAAGCAGAAGAUCACCUCGCUCAAGGAUGAACUCCAGACAGCCCACAGGGAUAAGAGGUAUGCAACAGAGACGUACAAGGACAUAUACACAGAGCUAAGCAUCAUGAGGGCCAAGGCAGAGAGAGACCUGGGACAUCUCAGGGAGAACCUGCGGUUGGCCCACAAAGCACUAGGAGAGCUCUCACCUGCAGUGAACACAGAUACAAAUGAGUGUCAAGGAAGAUAACUGCAGCUGAACAAAGAGACACAACGCACAACAUGGAUUGUUCAUCUAUCCAUGCUAUCCAUGUUUACACCAUUUAGCACUUAGAGAUCCAAAGUUAUAUUGUCAAACAUUUUAUGUCCUAUCUACCGUUACUGUACUACAGAAUUUUAAAAGCGCAUUAUUUGAGGAUUCUGUAUUUUUACAUCAUUGUAUCUAAACGCACACUACUAUUUAGCCUGUCUACGUUUGUAGAUACGCUAGACAUUUUGUAGACGUUUUCCUGACGAUUAACAUUUAUCUCGACGUUUGUAAAAUGUGUAGAAUUAUUACACUGCUAUGUCCAAUCCAGUUAUUGAACGGGGAUAUUUCUAAAAACAACUCAGAUUAAGUUUGCUUUUCUUACCUGUGAAAUACAUGAAAAAGUAUGUAUGUACCGUCUGAGUCUAUAACGCAAAAGUAUUAUUUGUUUGUGAGUGGGUGGUUUUAUUUGGAGGCGUUUAUCUUGGUCCUGCUAGUACACAUGUUGAUGUUCUUUAUUCAUGUCAAGUAAUCUAAUGAUAAGUUAAAUGGAUUUAUUUUAAAUAA